GCCUCUCCUUUCCCCUUUCCAACGUCCUCCUCGCAAAUGCUCAGGAAGACAUUCGCCCAAGCGGCGUCGAGGAACCUCCUGCGCUCGACACGCGCCUUCUCGUCCACCGCACCGGCUCGAAGAGUCGUCGCGACUAACCCCGUCAAGGCCCAGGAAGUCAGCUCGUGGUCCAACGGAAAGUAUCCUCUCAUUGAGCACGAAUACGAUGCUAUCGUCAUCGGCGCUGGAGGUGCUGGCCUGAGAGCCGCGUUUGGUCUCGCUGAAGCAGGCUUCAACACCGCGUGUAUCACUAAGCUCUUCCCAACUCGGAGUCACACUGUUGCUGCUCAGGGCGGUAUCAACGCUGCGCUUGGUAACAUGACUGAAGAUGAUUGGCGUUGGCACAUGUACGAUACCGUCAAAGGUUCCGACUGGCUAGGUGACCAGGACGCCAUUCAUUACAUGUGUCGUGAAGCUCCUCACUCCGUUAUUGAGCUUGAGCAUUACGGCGUUCCUUUCUCGCGAACAAAAGAGGGCAAGAUCUACCAACGCGCUUUUGGUGGCCAAUCCCUGAAGUUCGGCAAGGGUGGUCAAGCCUACCGCUGCGCAGCUGCUGCUGAUCGUACUGGUCAUGCCCUUCUGCACACCCUUUACGGCCAGUCUCUCCGUCACAACACCAACUUCUUCAUUGAAUAUUUCGCCCUCGACCUGAUCAUGCAAGACGGCGAGUGUGUUGGUGUGAUUGCCAUGAACAUGGAGGACGGUACCCUUCACCGCUUCCGUGCUCACAAGACCGUCCUAGCAACUGGCGGUUACGGACGUACCUACUUCAGCUGCACCAGUGCGCACACCUGCUCUGGUGAUGGUAACGCCAUGGUUGCCCGCGCCGGCCUUCCCCUGCAGGAUCUUGAGUUCGUUCAGUUCCACCCUACUGGUAUCUAUGGUGCCGGUUGUCUUAUUACUGAAGGUUCUCGUGGUGAGGGUGGAUACCUCUUGAACUCGGAGGGUGAGCGCUUCAUGGAGCGUUACGCGCCUACGGCCAAGGAUCUUGCUUCCCGUGACGUCGUCUCUCGUUCCAUGACUAUUGAAAUUCGCGAGGGCCGUGGUGUUGGACCGGAGAAGGAUCACAUCUACCUCCAGCUCAGCCACUUGCCUCCCGAAGUCCUUCACGAGAGGUUGCCCGGUAUCUCUGAGACUGCUGCUAUCUUCUCCGGUGUCGAUGUCACCAAGGAGCCUAUCCCUGUCCUGCCUACUGUUCACUACAAUAUGGGUGGUAUCCCUACUAAGUACACCGGUGAGGUUCUAACUACUGACGAGAAUGGCAACGACAAGGUCGUCCCUGGUCUCUACGCCGCUGGUGAGGCUGCUUGCGUCUCCGUUCACGGUGCCAACCGCCUGGGAGCCAACUCCCUACUCGAUCUUGUCGUGUUCGGUCGCGCCUGCGCUCAUCAUAUCAAGGAUACUCACACGCCUGGCAAGCCUCACAAGGCCAUCCCAGAGGAGGCUGGUCUCGAUAGCGUGAAGUUCUUGGACAAGAUUAGGAACUCGGACGGCCCGAAGCCCACCGCUGAGAUCCGUCUGGACAUGCAGAAGGCCAUGCAGUCUAACGCCGCUGUGUUCCGCACACAGGAUGUCCUUGAUGAGGGUGUUCAGAAGGUGCAGUCGAUCUACAAGUCCUUUGACCAGGUUGGUAUCAAGGACCGCAGCAUGAUUUGGAACUCUGAUCUUGUCGAGACCCUUGAGCUACGCAACCUCCUCCAGUGCGCUGUCCAGACUAUCACUGCCGCUGCUGCUCGCAAGGAGUCUCGUGGCGCUCAUGCUCGUGAAGACUACCCUGAGCGUGAUGAUGAGACCUGGAUGAAGCACACUCUGACCCGCCAGCAAGACGUCAACUCGCCUGAAGUUGACAUCACGUACCGGAAAGUCAUCCACACCACCCUCGAUGAGAAUGAGUGCAAGUCUGUUCCUCCGUUUAAGCGUACUUAUUAGAUUUAUAUUUGUGUGUACUGGUGGUGUUUCAAUAAAAGCUUCAUUACGCGUCUAUAAUCUACGUCUGAUCAUGUACUCACAUUCUGUGAACACAAUAAAGUACA